CCCCGGGUGUGCGCGAGGCGGCGGCGCGUGGCAGCGGCGGCAGCUCCCGCUCGCGGGCUCUGAGGGGCGAGCGCGGGCGGCGGCGACCCCGGCCCGGCCCGGCCCGGCCCGGCCCCGCCAUGACCGACUUCAAGCUGGGCAUCGUGCGGCUCGGCCGGGUGGCCGGCAAGACCAAGUACACGCUGAUCGACGAGCAGGACAUCCCGCUGGUGGAGAGCUACUCCUUCGAGGCUCGGAUGGAGGUAGAUGCCGAUGGAAAUGGUGCUAAAAUAUUUGCUUAUGCAUUUGACAAAAAUCGUGGAAGGGGAUCUGGCCGUCUCCUGCAUGAGCUGCUUUGGGAGAGACACCGUGGAGGUAUUGCUCCUGGAUUUCAGGUGGUGCAUCUGAAUUCAGUGACAGUGGACAACCGCCUAGACAAUCUGCGCCUAGUUCCUUGGGGUUGGAAACCCAAAGCUGAAGAAAUCUCUAGUAAACAAAGGGAACAAAGUCUGUAUUGGCUGGCAAUCCAACAGCUUCCUACAGAUCCUAUAGAAGAGCAGUUUCCUGUACUGAAUGUAACACGAUAUUACAACGCUAAUGGGGAUGUUGUGGAGGAGGAAGAGAACUCAUGCACAUAUUACGAAUGUCACUACCCCCCAUGCACAAUGAUUGAAAAACAGUUACGUGAAUUCAACAUUUGUGGCCGAUGCCAGGUAGCGAGGUACUGUGGGUCACAAUGCCAGCAAAAAGACUGGCCUGCUCACAAGAAACAUUGUCGGGAGAAGAAACGGACCUUCCAGCAAGAGCUUGGACCAGAACGAUGACCGGGUGGCGCAGGCCUCUUAGCAGCAGGAUUCCUUCUCAAAGGCAUUGGACUCUUGCUUUUGCACAGUAAUGACAGACUGCUUAUUGAAGCCAGAGGCACUGAAGAAGAAAAACCCUGUGAUGCUUGAGCAGAAUGGCUGACUGGACUAAGCCAGCUCUGACUGGUGCUGUGGAAAGGGAUUGGGUCUACCCUUCCAGUAUUAUAUUCUCAAGCAAAAAGACUACUGUGGAGGCUCCAGGCAGGAAGCUUCUCAUUAUUUAUAUGUUAAUAUGUUUGUAAACUCAUGUACAGUUUUUGUUAGAAAUUCUUGAUAGGACUCAUUAACUGUAAUGUUCAGAUGAGAACAUGUUGUUGGCCUAAAAGUUUUAAAAAAAAAAAAAAAAAGAAAAAAAAAGUCAUGUAGCAAAAGCUUUUCCUCCCAUGUGGCUAGAAGUAUCUGUGGCUGUGCCAAGGCCAGAAGGCAGGCUCCGACAUCAGCAGUUACUCUGGAGAACUCUGCAUGGAAGUUAUAUUUAAAAAAAAAAAAAAGGGGGGGGGGCAAACAAAGUAAAGUUUGGAAUGAAUCAUUGUCUACUCUCUAGCUUUCUCCUGUUCCCUUCCAGCUGCUUUCAGAGCACAGUCACGCUGGGACGUUGGAAAUACCGACUCAGUAGGAACCAGUGCACCAGAACAGAAACUGGAGCGGAGCGUAGGGGACCAUCUGGGAUCUGCGCGUACAGGCAAGCUAUAGCUUGUUGCUGCCUUCAGAGGAGGGCUGCUGGAGGUUCUCAUUUAAGCAGCCAGUAUUUUUAGAAAGCUGAAUUAGCUUUCUUGUUAUGAAACCUUUGUAUAUAAAGUAGUUGUAGGGAAGCUCAGGUAGUCAGCUGUGUGUGGAUGUGGUUGCCCUUGUGGCUUCCCUGUAAGCAUAGCAAAUACUGUAGUGAUGUGCAGAUAUGUUUAAAUGAUCGAAUAUUUGGUAAUUUGAGUUAUUUAUUCAUUUUUUUAAGAGAUGCCAUCAAUCCAAGAAUCAUUUUUGGGGUUUUUUUAAUGUAGUAAUGAGUAAAGUAAUGUGGGAGGAGGAUUUGACUUGCAGAGCACAUGCCUGUUCUUUUCAGACAUUGUCAUGUAUAAUCUGAAAGGUCUUUUUUAUUUUUGCCUUAGAAAUAUAAGGAAUAUCAACUGAGUUUCCUGAAGAACUAAAUGGGUAAUUUAGUGCCAGGUGUUAGUCUUACUUCACAGUAGAAGCAUGUGAGCUGCUGAACGCUUAACGCAGAGCCUUUCUCGGAGUGCUUAGUGAAAUGGGUAUUUUUUUAUUUGUAAAAGCCAUUAAGAAUUUAAUUUUUCAAUCAGGAUUCACUUUGCCACUUCAUGUUGCAAUGUUGGUCUUGCUUGUAUUCAAUUUGUUAGAAAUUGAACUGAAGAAUUGAACAGAAUUGCUGUGGACUUCCAAUAUUAUAUUAUGUUUCUAAUAUCUGCACAGGAAGUUCGUAAUUAUUAGUAUUUGGGUGGGUUUUUGUACUUUGGCUUUAAGCAUCUUGGGAAAUAACAAAGAACUUGUGAAGCUUCCUGCUGGAAGUUCACUUGGUAGGCACGCUGUCAAGUUGCAACUCUCAAUUCAUGGUUAUACUGUAACUUUUAGGUUCAGGCAGCCUAAAAUGCCCUUCAGUACGAAGAAGUCAAGCAGGACCUAAUCAAAUUUUCCUGUAACGGGUGGUGAGAUUUUUAAGGAAACAUUCAGUUAUUUGCUUUAAAUGAACUGUACAGAUUUUGAUGAAUAUAAAAUGAGACAUAAGGAAUUUUUUUAUUCAGGGUAGUCCAUUGAAAAGGGCAGGAGUAAUGGCUCUUUUUUUUUUCUUGCCUUUUUAAAAGGCUGCUAUUUGUCAUGGCAGUUCUCCAUUGUGUUACCAGUAAUCACGUUUAGCAAACUGCAGUGCAGUUUUAGAGUGUCUAAACACUUCCGCAGCACUGAGCAGGGAAAACGGCCAGUCCUACUGUUGGUGGUGUUGCUGCAAUGAGAAGUGAGGACAAAGAUAGACUGCAGAUA